AUGACUAAAAUUGAUACGCAAAUCUCGGCGGCACAGCUAGCAGAUGAUGAUAUAUGCCAAGCUGUCAUUGCAACCCCACCAGCGCAAUGCGGGAAAAAUCCUUGGAGCGCGAUAGUUGCAACCCAACCAUUUGGGAAUCCUUCUUACUACGCAAGCAUUAAUGCGUCUUGCCCUUCGAGUAUAUUCAACGGAACCUCUGAUCUUAUAAAAACCACGUCAGAAGUAGCUUCUCCGCUAAGCGACACAAACACAUAUGACAGGUGGAUUUUACAAGCAACUUCUUUAGUAUUGGUGGCUUUCGCGAAGAACAAAACUCUGACUGUACCAAGAUGGGGAAACUCUGCGAUGGUAUGCUUGACGCCAGAUAUCGUCGGGAUAAAGAGCAGGUCGCCUUCGGGUGCAGUACAGCAUCAGGCUACGCCAACCAUAUGGAGUAUCGGAUUAGGAAUCUGGAUACCACUUGCUGCUGUAAUAUUGUUUCAAUAA